AUUACUGUCAGACUGUCACAUAAAUAUUAUUAUUUGUACUUAUACACUUUUUCUUCGGUUUAUUUCAAUUACUUGGAAAUGGACAAAUACGGUAGCUAUGAGGUUAGGAUUUUACCUUAGGUUUGUUUUUUUUUCCGCCACCGUUACCUUUCCUUUCCGUAUUUUUUUGUAAUAUUUUACCCUCUUCGCCAUCUGUGACGUCCAGGCUCCGUUGUGUACUGGGUGAUCAAAUGAAACAACUGUUAUCACUCGUGCACUCCGCCAGCCACCCGCACGCCAUGACAUUUCUCCACGGAGUGAAGCUAGCGGGUAGUUGCGUCGUACUGUUUAUUGUGUAAUCGUCACAGUUAUAACUACCCGAAAAUGUACAAAUUGUUUGUUUACUUUUAUAAAAGUACCUAAAGAUACAGAGUAUAGACAGUUUACAUUGAAAGUUAUAUACAACAGUUUAAUUGUUCUAGUUCUAUGUAGGUAUAUAGAGAUUGUUAAGGGGAUCCCCCACGCCAAUGACCUUCGAUCUGGCCGCGUAGCCAAGAUGCCAAUCGCUUACGCUCCGUAGCGAUCGAAACGCAACUGUCACUGUCGCGCUAUUAAGGAAGAGUGAUAGAGAGACAUAAUGCUUUUCGAUGUCGAAGCGAUAGCGAUUGUAACCUUGGCUAGGCCGGCUGAAUCCGUUAGUUUUCUAAUGUUUUUUGUAGCUUAUCAUAUUACCAUCAACGGCUUUAAGCAAUAUAGUAUCCCAUAUUUACUUUAAAAUUCAUUGUCUUCGAGAUAUUUGGCAUCAAAGUUGAACAAUUUUAGGCUAAAAAACUGGUUUUCUGGCCAUAACUUUUGUGUUUUUAGUUUAGAAUUAAAACCUUGGACACGAUUUUCGAGACUUCAAAGACGAACCCAAAUAUGUAGAUUUCGUAAAUGUAAGAUCCUUUACUGCAAACUAGAUACGAAAAAAGUGUUUUUUAGACAAUGUUCAUAAAAUUCAUAAAAAAAUAAGUAUUCAUUUUUUUCAAAAUCCGGUGGACAAAACCGGAGAUAAAAGAUUGAAGAACCGAUAACCGUUUGUUUUAUAAUUCUAUCUGUAGUGCAAAAAAAGGAGAUACGAUUCAAAACCUGUCAAAAAUCGAUGAAAACCUCGGGUAGCCCCUUAAGCUAUCACUGCAAUCAGAGAAUGGUACAUAGACACUUUUACAUAGAUACGCUAGUUUUAAUACUCACUGGACAAUGUGACCAGAACAAUAUGACAUGGUUUACAAGAUAUAUAUCUAAAAUAUAGAUAAAACUAACACCCAUACAACACGGCACGACAACAAUUACUGCAAUAUGACUGCAAUGUUAUAAAUAAAUACCCGUCAUGUAUCAACUUCAGUUUACAAAAUGUUUUAUAUCGUAACGAGUCUCAUAAUAUCAUGUGGUUUCCUAUUUCUAGAUUCUGCGUGCCAGAAUAUGUUGGGGUCCGGCACGUGGUCGGUGAUCUCCACGCAGCCCUGUGAGAACGACGCGGAGAUGCCGUGGCGAGUGCGCCUGCGCCGGCACAAGCUGAACCGCACACACGACGUUUUUGACGCGGAACUGACCGCGCUAGCCGAUAUAGACGAGUCAUUUAGUGGAGAGUACAAGCUAGACAACUACAUGGUGGACACAGAAGAGCUGUCGAAGAAAGGACUGUACGGCGAAUUCCAAGGAACAGGCUACGUAGUGAAGGACGGGCAGGACAUUGCGUGCUACCAAAUGUCCCUUAAGUUCGAGCCAAUUGACGAAUUUGGCUCUGUGUCGUCGCUGUAUGGUUAAUGGGGCUAAACUAUUCUAAAAUAUAUUCCAAAUUAUUAUAA